AUGAAAACUUAAACAUCCAAAAACUCACAUAGACAGAUGUUUAUCGUUAGAAAUGAAUCAGCCGCCUUAUCCAGAAAACCUCAUUUAUAUUAAUCAUCCCCUUAACCGCCUAUAUAAUUUAUGAUUCAUGGCAAAUCCCUUGCUCCAACUAAAUUUAAGCCCUAAAGCAAACCAACUCCGAAAGAAAUUAAACUAAAGUAAACUCUGAAAUCUGUACAUAUUAUAUCCUUAAUCCACAUAGAUCAAAUUUAAGUUGCAAUCUUUGAAAAUUGA